UUGACACCUCCUAAAGUUAUUUUUUCAAUCAGUUCAAGCUAAAAACAACAAACAAACAAAUAACCCCCAUCACUGACAACAUGGGCUUUGAGAGAAAACAUGGAGGCAUCGCGCACACCUCUUUAUAUCAUCUUGCACCUCUCACAUCUGACACCCCCACUGAUGAGAGCGCGAGACACAUACAGCGGAGGCGCGCGCGGAUGCCGCCGGUGUCAGUCCCCUGUUGGUAGAAUAAAAGCUAGCGAGUGAUGUUACCGCCAGGGGAUUGGAGCAAUGGUUUGUCAGUAAAGUCACCCACCCUCUGAGUAUCUCAGACAGAGUUAGAAGUGUUUGAGACACAGGGCAAGGCGGCGAGACACUCGCAUAACUGAUUUAACCAGAGCGGAACAGAACGACACUCGAGUGCGAGGGAGAUGGAGAUGCUACCGGCAGAUGAAGGUCUCUCUGAGCCCAAAAUCUGCAGGCAGCAGCAACAGCGGAGUCCGUACAGCUCCCUCAAGACCUUCCCGAGCAAACGCGCGGCGGGCAAGCCGAGGUACGACAGACCCACAAUGGUGGACAUCCCGCAGCUCGGAGACCAUCCUCAAGCUCUCGCUCAUCAUCAGCAGCAGCAGCAGUAUUCACAGCGCGUCCCGCUUCCGCCAGCGUCCCUCUCCAUCAGCAGCAGUCAGCAGCACCGUCUCCCCUGCGAAGUCAGGCCCAGCGGCAGAGUCGCGACACCCAGCGCGGCAUCAGCGAGGAGCGCCGCGGCGGCAGCGGCUUCGUUUGGCGGCCAGGAGACACCCGGCAGACACCCGGCGGCUCGCCACCAGUCUCCAGACUGCACCUAUGGAAUAAGCUCAGAAAACCGUCUUGUACUGGAUGCUUUUGCCCAGCAGUGCAGUCGAGUGCUCAGCCUCCUCAACAGUAACGGACGGCUCCUGGAGCCCCAGCCUUCCCUCGUCCCUCCGUCCUCUUCCAUCUCCACUCUCAUAAAACAGGAGGACAGCUGCUUGUCUCCAGGAGAGAGGCUCAGUUCUAAGACCAGGUCAGAGGACACAGGUGAGGAGACCCAACGGGGCAACCACUGGAACCAGCAGCAGACUUCCGCUUUCCUCCGGAUUUUCACCGAGUCUCUUCAGAACUACCUGCUCUCCGGACCCCAGUCCUCAGACAGUGAACGGUGUCGCCCUGUAGAGGCUGAGCCGGCAGCAUCAGGGUCCCCGAGGCAGAACUUAGGCGGCUGGGCUUCUCCAGCACCUUCUGAGUCAUACGGACACCCCUCAUCCACACUGCCUGAGGAAGAUGAGGAGGAAGCUUGCUGCCCACGCUGUGUGGAGCUAGAACAGGAAGUUCUUAGUCUACAGCAGGAAAACGAGGAACUGAGACACAAACUUGACAACAUACCAGCUCCUUGCCAGAAUGUGCUGGACUUUUUUAAGACUGUUCUUCAGCACUACAACCAAUUCGUGCAGCCCCAGCCUGAAGAGCAGCUUACAGAGGGCAGUAAACAGCUUCUGGGGAACUAUCCUCUCUUCAUCACCAAUAAGCAGUGGGACGAGGCAGUCAACUCCUCAAAAAAAGAUGGCCGGCGGCUCCUGCGUUACCUAAUCCGGUUCGUGUUCACCACAGAUGAGCUCAAAUACUCAUGCGGUCUGGGAAAGAGGAAGCGUUCGGUACACACAGGGGAGCCGGGGCCGGAGAGAAGACCUCUCAACCCCGUCAAGGUCACAUGUCUCAGAGAGUUUAUCCGGAUGCACUGUGCUUCUAAUCCUGACUGGUGGAUGCCCUCCGAGGAGCAGAUAAACAAAGUCUUCAGCGAUGCAGUAGGGCACGCGCGGCAGGGCCGGGCUGUGUGCUCUUUCCUGGGGAGCGGGGGCAGCUGUAGCAGCAGCACUGGUAGUUUAUACAUGGAAAGCUACGACGGGCAGCUCUCUCAGGAUGAGCUCUAUCUGAAGGGCUCACAGAAUGGUUUGGGGGACUAAAGAAGAAAAAUACAUCCAAAUCAUGGAUCAAGCCCUCCGGAUCGGCUCAUGAUCUUAAAGGGGUUUGUGUAUGAAAAUAAUCCUUGUUCCUUACUUUCAAAACAUUCCAGGGAAUUCACACCUACCCACCAAAUAACGAGGGAUUCUUCCAUGCUAUAUUGUUUAAAUAGUUAGUAGUCACUAGACAGCAGAGUUGGUUUAAUUUUACACAGGAUCAGGUUAAUAUGUGCUCCAUUUCCUGAUUUGUUCCAUCGAAUGUGAUUUACUAUAGCAACAUGAAUGUAUCCAUUUUAUCCCAAUGUAAAUAAUGAGAGCUUCCUUUCUUGUGUCAGAUUGGUUAGAUGGUUAUUCAGACAGCCUGCAAAUUAGGUGCUUAUAUAAUUUUCUGAUAUGGUUAGAUUUAAAGUGCCGCCCUCUAUUUUAUCAUACGGUGUUAAAUAAUCUGUUAUGUUUAUUAAAAAACAAAUUAUGUUGUAUAAUGUAUAAUUUUCAAAGUGUCUGCAGGAAGAAAUUACUGAACUCUACAAUCUGUCCGUGACUGUGGAGAUACAUUGAGUCUGUAAUAUAGUGUCUUUGGUGGAUUCCUAAUCUUUCCUCUGAUCCAAUAAGGAAGCGAUGUUGUUCAUAAUUUGUGUUGCUGCUGCUUGAUUCUAGUUCGUCAAGCACCACAAAGAUCAUGUUUAAAGGAUCAACCCGACUUCAUGUAUUCUGCCACAUUAUAAUAUUCUCUGUGACUGCAUACGAGACUAAAUGAAAUGCCUUAAAAAAAGAGACACCAUCUACCACUAAAAACUACAAAUACUGCCGAUUUCAGACUGUUGUUUAUCUCUUGGUGUUCCUGUUACAUUAGUGGCCUCUGGCUGUGUUUGGGUUUUCAAACAAAAGAAAAAUGUGUUUUAAUUUGUUCUUUAAUGCCUUAGAGAAAGUCUCUUUCUGUGAAAUGUUUAUACAUGCAGGUCAUUUUGUAAUGUCUGGUAGAAUUCAGUCAAAUGUCAUUUAAUUACUCAUUUUGAAUUCAUUUUCCACGGCGCUUCAUCAGACGGCUGAUGGUGGGGAAUCCCUAACAUUUCAACCUGCUCACACAGCAUAAAAUCUUGUGAGCGUUAAGGCUGUUGAAGAUCUGUGGUCUCAUUAUUCUGCUACUAAUGGCUUCUGUAUGACCCAAGUUCAUGUUCAGGUUUAAAAGUCAGCGAUUCCCCAACCUUAAACAGCUGAUGAAGUUGUGUCAGAGUGGUAUAAAGAUUUCAAAAUAAGUUACCAAGUUGCUGUUGCCUUUGACUACCAGACAUAGAAAAGCCACUGUUGAUGUAAUAUGUAGUCUGUUGUGAUUUGUACAAAUCCGUGGUAAUUGAAAAUUGUUCGUCCUCUAGUCUUUUCAAAGAACGUGUCAACACUGUGAACCCCGCUAAAAAUGAUGAGACUGUUUUUCCUCUUACCUAUUAAUGAUAUUUUCUUUUCAAACGCAAGAUGCAUUUAUGUAAUGUGGACAAAAAUGAGAAAAGACAAUGAAGCAAAAUAAGGGAUGCAGACAAUGCCAUCUGUGUUGUGUUUCAAUAGUAGCUGCUCUGUUCAUUCCAGACGGUGAACAAUAGAUGGCAGCAGAGAACAAUAAAGCCACUGCAACGUUUCUUUGUGAAACCAGUUCAAAGGCUGUCAAAUUCACUUCAUUGUGAAUAAUUGCAGAUGUCUGUGGAGUGAAUGUGAGUAGGCUACACUUUAUGAAAUCAUUCGGAUUCAGCAUAUUAGCCUAUGAUAAACAAGAAUACAAAAUUGGGCUCAAAGUGAAAAUUGCUUUUAA